AUGACAAGUUCAGGAAUUCAGCGGUGGGAAGAAAUUCAACAUGGAUUACAACAUAUCUCUGAAGCAAUUUCAGUUAUUGUAAACUCUUUUCUGGUUUUUUUGAUUAUAAAUAAAUCGCCGAAAAAAUUGGGUUCCUAUAAAUAUCUGAUGAUCUACAUUUCUGAUUUUGAAAUUCUUUAUUCCUUUGUUGACUUCGUUGUGGCUCCGUUCUUCUACUCAUACGGACCUGCAUUGCUUGUCAUUGUAAAUUUGGAAGAGUCAUUGUUCAAUAAGCCAAUUGCAUUUGUUCUUCUCUGCUCAUAUAGCGGAUUCUUUGGAACGUCUAUGGCAAUUUUUGGAAUUCAUUUUAUAUAUCGAUAUCUUGUGGCAACCGGGAGCCUGCUUCUUGCCACCUUUUCCACGUGGAAAAUUGUUUUAUGGUUGUCAUUCCCAAUAUUUUAUGGAGUUGUUUGGGGAGCUGGUAGCUAUUUUCUAUGUGCACCAUCAGAAUAUACAACUGAAUUUGUGAGAGAGAACAUUUUGAAUAAUUUUAAUCUUCAAAUGGAAGAUAUUGCAUAUUUUGGGCUCAAUUUUUAUGGAACCGAUAAUAAUGGGAAACAAUUCAUAGUUUACGAGCAAGUUGUUGGAAUUGUUGUCAAUAGUUUUAUUAUUACGUCCUCUCUAUCUACGGCCGUGUACUUUGGAGUCAAAACCUAUUACAAAAUAAAUGAACUAACUAAUAAAGUAUCUCUAAGAACAAGUAAUCUUCAGUCUCAAUUAUUGUAUUCUCUUGUCGUUCAAACUAUGAUUCCUGUAAUCUUAAUGCACAUUCCGGUUACAAUUAUUUACACAUUUGCUUUCAUGGGUCAUGGAAUGGGAACUAUAUGUGGAAUUGCAUCAAUUACUAUAAGUAUGUAUCCUGCUCUCGAUCCACUUCCAACAAUAUUUAUUAUCAAAAAUUAUCGGAAUUAUGUUCUCAAUAUGUUUUCAUGUUGCUCUGCGAAAUAUGAAUCAGAAAAUAACACUGCUUCAAGAGAAGCAGCAGUUAUGCGACAGAACCCUAAUCUAAGAAAAAUAUAA